UGCUGUUUUGUUGUUUGAGGGAACACUUCAUUACCACAGAAAGGCGGUUCCUGUACGUCUUCGACCAGGGUGUGGACAGCGAGGGUUGGGGUCUGUCACGCUGUCCUUUCUCGUGCCUUCAUUCAGCCAGAGCUGCCACUUCAACAGGUAGCGCUGCAUCACACCCCUCUCCCAGGGCACUCCUGGUAGGGGACGAAGGAUUCCACUAGCCCGAGGAGACAUAAGGAGCCACAAUGGACGACAUCUUCACCCAGUGCCGAGAGGGUAACGCUGUAGCCGUCCGCCUCUGGCUGGACAACACAGAGAACGACCUUAACCAGGGAGAUGAUCACGGAUUCAGUCCACUGCACUGGGCGUGUCGGGAAGGCCGCUCCAAUGUGGUGGACAUGCUCAUUAUGAGAGGAGCCCGCAUCAACGUGAUGAACCGCGGAGACGAUACACCACUCCACCUGGCUGCUAGCCAUGGACACCGUGACAUUCUGGGCAAGCUAAUCCAGUUCAAAGCUGACACCAAUGCAUCCAAUGAACAUGGCAACACCCCGCUCCACUACGCCUGCUUCUGGGGCCAUGACUUGGUCGCUGAGGACCUUGUCAAUAACGGUGCUCAAGUGAGCAUCUGUAACAAAUAUGGAGAAACACCAGUGGACAAAGCCAAGCCACACCUCCGUGACCAUCUGAAAGAAAUGGCUGAGAAGCAAGGACAGAAUUUGACCAAAGUUCCCUUUAAGGACACCUUCUGGAAGGGCACAACCCGAACACGACCACGCAAUGGUACACUAAACAAGCAUGCUGGCAUUGACUACAAGCAGCUCUCAUUUAUGGCCAAGGUCAAUGAAAAUCACUCAGGAGAGUUGUGGAAGGGCCGCUGGCAAGGGACGGAAAUUGUGGUGAAGGUGCUCCAUGUUCGGGAUUGGACCACCAGAAAGAGUCGGGACUUUAAUGAGGAAUACCCCAAACUGAGAAUCUUCUCCCAUCCCAAUGUGUUGCCCAUGUUGGGGGCGUGUCAGUCGCCCCCUGCUCCACACCCCGUCAUCAUAACACACUGGAUGCCGUAUGGCUCCCUUUACAACGUGCUCCACGAGGGCACCAACUUUGUGGUGGAUCAGAUGCAGGCGGUGAAGUUUGCGUUGGACAUUGCAUGUGGGAUGGCCUUCCUUCAUACACUGGAGCCCAUGAUUCCACGUCACUAUCUCAACAGCAAGAGUGUCAUGAUAGAUGAGGACAUGACAGCCAGGAUAAGCAUGGCAGAUGUUAAGUUCUCUUUCCAGUGUCCUGGCAGGAUGUAUUCUCCAGCAUGGAUGGCCCCUGAAGCUCUGCAGAAGAAGCCAGAGGAAAUUAACAGGCGUUCUGCAGACAUGUGGAGCUUUGCUGUGCUGCUGUGGGAACUGGUCACCAGAGAGGUACCGUUCGCUGAUCUCUCCAACAUGGAGAUUGGCAUGAAGGUGGCACUAGAGGGUCUGCGUCCCACAAUCCCGCCUGGCAUCUCGCCCCACAUCUGCAAACUUAUGAGGAUCUGCAUGAACGAAGAUCCUGCCAAGAGACCCAAAUUCGACAUGAUCGUGCCCAUCCUGGAGAAGAUGCAAGACAAAUAAAGAGCCCUGGCUGUUCUCUCUCUACACUUCUUUCUACAAGUCCCCUGCGCAUAAACAACCUCCUCACCCUCUUCAUAUGCUGAUUUGCACCAGUAUUGCCUUAAACCCGCCAUUCACCAAAGUGCUCUGUCACUGUAACCUUUCAGCAAUGAAAGCACGUUUGUACUUUGUACGUGUCGGACUGUUUAGUGUUAUCCUUGCAAUCUCUCUUGUACUGUUCUUUGUGACACACAAUCAGUGGAUGAUUGUGUAUGUCUGGCUGUACGUAUGUCUGCUCUGUGUGAGGGGUUUACGGAGACAGAUAGGGAAGUAUUUAAAUGCCUCUUAAUAGCCAUAAAUCAGCGUGUUGGUGAUGAGGAGCAUGUGACACAGUGAAUGUACUGUAACAACGAAACUGUACCAU